AUGACGAAGAAGCGAUCAGCUGAAGAAGAGCAACAGGAAGAGGCAACAAGUCUGGAAUUUGAUGAAGAGGAUGAUCGUCCAAUGGAACCAUUAUCUUCAAAUCAAGAUGAACAGCAAGAACACUUAGAGGCACCUUCCGAGAAUCAGCAUGAUGAGCAUGAAGAAAGAGAUCCCAUUGAUGAAGAAGAGGAUUUUCUAUUGAAUGGUGAUAUUAUGGACACUCCAAGCGUGGCUUCAGCCUUUAGUGAUGAAUCGGAAGCAACACAACACGAUGCAACAAAACAAGCCUCUGAUUUUGCAAUGGAUUACCUUCUCUCACUCCGAUACAUUCUAGAGAGAGAAAGAGCCUUGAAAAAGAAGAAGCAAAUCAUUGGAAAGGUACACAAAAUUAUAUGGAAGAGGUAUCAUGAACCUAAUUAUCCUCAACAUUUAAGCACUGCUGGAGAAAAUCAAAGUCAUUUCAUUCACCUUGUCAUGGAUGAAAUUGCCACUGAAGAGGAUAUCAUUAGAAUAACUCGACAAUUUGGACCAAUAUUACUUGGAUUGGAAAUUAGAAAUUGUUUAAAGAGGAAAGUGAAAAAGAAUCCACCAAAAAAGAAGAGGAAAACAAAGAAGGAGGAGGAAACAGUUGCUGUUGUUGAAGAAGAGGAUUUUUCACACCCUGUUUUAAGCUCAAUUGUUAAGAAUUGUCCAAAACUUGAAAUUUUGAAAAUUGAUGGAAAUUCCUUUACAACAGAAGAAGUGCAAUUUAACAAUGUACUUUCUUUACCAAAUUUGAAAACCUAUCAUGGACCAGUUGCACAACCUAAAGAUUCGAAAACCAUUUCAAAUAGAUUGAGAAAGGUGAAAAUCGAAUCAGACAAAAUCACACCAACCAUGUUAAAAUUCAUUUCAAAUAACAGCGAACGACAUUUUAGGACAUUACUUACAAAUGCAGAAACUUCCCUUACCCUUAAAUCAUUGCAAGAUUUGUCUGAAGAUUGUGAUUUAACAAAAAUUUCAUUGAAACAUGUUAAGUUUAUUUCCUCCUCUAAAGACAGCUUGAGUAGUCAUCUUGGAGAAUUUGGAAGUUUGAAAACUUUAGAGCUUUUUAAUGAGAACUCCAUAGAAAGUAAUGGAUUUAAAAAACUUGGUUCUUUGAAGAAUUUGACCCAUUUAAAUUUAACUCGAUGUGAUAAUUUGGAUGAUAUGGCACUUUCUACCAUUUUGAGGAAAUGUAAAUCAGUCAAGAAGCUUAUUUUAGAUAAUUGCUGGCAAGUUAGCGAAGAGUCUCUUAAGGAAAUUUCUAAUUUGAGUGAUUUAUACCAUCUCGAUACUACGGGUCUGAGAAUUACGAACAAAGUUCUCAAAGUUAUUGCAGACAGUGUUUCUAGUAAUGAAAAGUUUACACAUUUUAUUUGUGAAUCAAAUUAUAAUGCUACAGAUGAAGGAUUACAAAUAUUGUUGGAAAAAUUCCCAUCACUCAAAUAUUUAAACCUUAAUCGUUGGGAAAAGUUGACUGAUGUUUCUCUGGAAAAUAUUGGAAAGUAUUUGAAAUGUCCAAAAAAGCUUGGCCUCAUUCAAGGAUUCAAAUCUAAAGCAAGAUAUACAUCUCAAGGAUUAAGAAAAGCACUCACAUCAAAAUCUGUUACAUGUUUAACUCUUCAAUCAGUCGAUGAUAUCAAUCAAGCCAUGACUGUACUUUCUGAAUCAACUCCCUUGUUAGAGGAACUCUCUGUUAGUGGAAAUGAAAAUCUCAAUGAUGAUGCUGUGGAAAUAUUAUGUGAAGGAUGUAAAUAUUUGCGUGUCAUUGACUUCAGUCAGUGCUCAUUAUUGUCUGAUGAGGCUUUGAAUGCUGUUUCCAUUUUGAAAAAUUUGAGAGAGAUUAAUAUUGUUGAGUGUGAAGAAGUAACUUGUGAUGGAAUUGAAGUUAUGUUGGACGCUUGCAAUUAUGUUUCCAGAGUUAAUAUUAAGCCCGACUUUGCCUACAUUGAAAAAACAAAACAUCUUUUUUUGGAGCAUUCUAUCCGCUAUGAAAAAGAUGUAACUAUUCAAAUAAGGUAAUAAAUUUACAUUUUAUC